AGCACCCCACUCCCUUUCCCCGUCCCGUCCCGUCCCGAGCUCCCGAGCUAGAACGAAGCAAGCCAACGCGGACGCACGCACAGUCGCACACUGACACGAACGCGGCGAACCCACACCCCACAGCCCCGAGGGUGAGAUCCCUCCCACCAGGCGCGCGCGGGCACUGGCGCCGCCGCCGCCGCCGCGGCGCGAUGGGGUCCGUGUCCCUGAACGUGGCGUCCUCCCGGCGGGGCGGGCGGCGACUGGCGUGCCUCUGCUCGCCCGGGCUGCUCAACCUCCUCGUGCUGCUCUCGCUCCUCUCCACCAACCUCCUCGCGCUGCUCGCCUUCCUCUCCCCCCGCGCCCACCCCAUCCCCGCCGCCACCGCCAACCUAUCCUCCUCCUCCUCCGCCGCCAUCUCGGCGCAGGUGUCCGCCAUCGCGCGGGAGAUCGACGCGACUCGCCUCGUCCCGCACCGCGACGGCGGAAGCGGUACCAGCCUGCCCCCGGAGCUGCUCCUCUUCCUGUCCCCACACGCGCUCCCGCUGGGCCGCGACGCGCGCACGGGGCUCACCCACAUGCCGGCCUCCGUCGCGCACGCCUGCUUCCGCUCCCCGUCCACGCUCGCGCUCCUGUCCGCGUUCGCCUCCUACGCGCCCUACGCCGUCUGCCCGCGCAACGCCACGCUCCCGCACCGCCUCAUCUCCAAGGCCUGCGAGCCGCUGCCCCGCCGCCGCUGCCUCUCCCGGGGCCCGCGCGCCGCGCUCCCGGCCUCCAACAUGGGCGUCGACAGCCGACGCUGGGUGAAGCCGCGCCACGACCACGAGUUCCUCAUCGACGACGUCCUGCACCUCGCCGCCGGUGGCGGCGGCAAGAUCCGGAUCGGCUUCGACGUCGCCGGCGGCGCCGCCAACUUCGCCGCCCGGAUGAGGGAGCGCGGGGUCACCAUCUACACCACGGUGCUCGACAACGCCGGGAAGCCCAUGAAUGAGUUCGUGGCGGCCAGGGGACUGUUCCCGCUGCUGCUCUCGCCUGCGCACCGGUUUCCCUUCUACGACGGGGUGUUCGACCUCGUGCACGUCGGGACCACCGCAUUGGCCGAAGGCGGAUCGCCGGCGCUGGGGCAGGCUGGGACGGAGGAGGCGCUGGAAUUCUUCAUGUUUGAUGUCGACCGGGUGCUGCACGCCGGUGGGCUGCUCUGGAUUGACAGCUACAUGUGCCACAGCGAUGAACGGAGGCAGGUGCUUGUCAGGCUCAUCGGCAGGUUUGGUUACAAGAAGCUCAAAUGGGUAAUGGGGGAGAAGGCCGGCACAGGGAGCACAAAGGUAGCAAUGUACUUCUCUGCGGUGUUGCAGAAGCCGGCACGGGGUUGAAAUUGGAUGGAUGAAAUGGAUAAUUAUGGAUGGGUUGAAAUCUGAGGUAUGAAUGUACCUUAUCCUGAUUGUUUGUAGUUCAUCAGGGGAUCUGACAUGAGACAUGAGCUUGCCCAAUAGAUGCCAUGGAUUAGGUUGAUUCUAUUGUUUGUUCAAAUAGCAUAAUAAGUGAAAAAGAGUACAAUUGUUCCACUUUUGGUAUCAUGUAAUAGGCUGCUGUUAGCCUGUUAGGUGGGAAACAUUUGAGGUAGUUGUUGCUCAAGUGGGGGAUUGCAAAGUGGGUGUGCAGUGGUGUGCUAUUCUCAUUCAAGCAGAAAAGGAAAGUAAAGGAGGCUCUUUGAGCUAUUUAUUCAUGUUGUCUA